UGACCCUGCUUGUAUAAAUAACGUGUUUGUGGUUUUUCACAAUGCGAUGCCUUCAGUUAUAGUCCGUCCACUACAAGAUCGACCAUGUUCUACCGAUUAGUAGUGACGUUUCUAAUCGCUAUUAUUUGUGUUUAUUUGGGGAAUCACGAAUCGUUCGUAGUAGCACAGAGUGAAAAUAAGAAUGGAACAACCGAAAAACACCCAAACGACACCAUUCUCGAAUUCUUCUACAACUGCACGUGCACUCCAUUUUACCUUUGCAGCGCACUCAACGAUUUCAUGGUAGCAUCCAGGAUAAAUCCUCCACCCAAAGAACUACGCUGCACAGACCCAGACUUUUUGUGCUGCAAAAACACGACUGAGAUCGAGGGAGAUGGAACGGAAGAACCGAGAAUUGACGACAAGGUUACUACUACCCCUAGAACUAGUUCCAGCUCUGAUAGCUCUAGUAUUACAACCACAAGCGAAACUCCCGAAGAAGAACGAAAAUGGGACCCCAACUAUGGCUGUGGCAUUGCCAAAACGGAAAUAGGUCUUAGAAUUUUGACACCAGAAACAGAAUCCGCAGCGACUAUCCCUGGAGAGAUCCCAUGGAUAGUCGAAAUCUUCCAAAAACGCAACAACCGCAAGAACCCCUAUUUAUUCAAGUGCGCUGGUACUCUAAUCCACCCGAAAGUAGUCCUAACUGCCACCCAUCGCAUCAUUUCCAAAGUUAAAGAACCGCAAGCGUUCAAGGUCGUAGCUACCAGUCGCGAUACCUUCCAGAACCUUGGGGUUAACGCUGACGAUGAACGAAACGUCGCGAAAAUCAUCAAGCACCCUGGAUUUUACUCAGGGGGGGCUUACAACGACCUAUCUUUACUAAUCUUGGAUAAAGAAUACAACUUCACGAAUACCCGACUUAACUCAAUUUGUCUCCCCAAAGCCAAUCAGAGCUUCGUGGGACGAAGAUGUCUGGCGGUUGGGUGGGGCGAAAAUAAAGAUUUGAAGAGCGUUCCUCUGACUAAGGUUGACAUCCCAGUGGUUGAUUUUCAACGGUGCCAGACUCUUUUGCGCAAGACUGAGUUGGGGGAGGAGUUUAAUCUGCAUUCUUCGUUUUUGUGCGCUGGGGGAGAAGAGGGCAAAGAUACGUGUAAGGGGGAUGGAGGAGGACCUUUGAUGUGUGUGGGGGACGACUACCAGUUUGUGCAAACCGGAAUUGUUUCGUGGGGGGCGGAAAAUAAGUGCGGGGUUGUGGAUCAACCGGGGGUUUAUGUGGAUGUUGCUAAGUUUACAGAGUGGAUAGAGGAGGAGUUGGACAAGAAUGGGAUCAAAUUGACGCCGGAGAAAAAGGUUUAAUGAGGCGAAAGGGUGGAAUUUUUGCGAUGUUUUGGUUUUAAAGUGGCGCGUUGUUGGACGAUGAUUAAGUGGUAGACACAUUUUGCUUUAUUCUUCUUCAGUGCUAGAUUAAGGUAUUAAAUGUGCUAGAAAUUGUUUCAUUUUUUUUCACAAAAGUUCUCUAGUAGAUGGUUCUAGAGUCUAAUAAAAGACUCAGUACUGCCUCAUAUCUAAAAAUGAAACAAUUUAGUGUUUUUUUUUUGUAAAAUUUCAGAAAUUCGUUAUUCAAACUUGUCAAAAAUAUUGCUAAUUUUGCCUAUUUUCUUUUGUACCACAUGUUUAAGAGCUGAGCUAAAUAAACAUUUUCAAAUGAUA